AUGCUGGAUCAGCAACUCGAUGAACUCUUCGGCCAACAUCUCGACAAUAGUCGAUAUGAGGAACGCGAGUGCAAAAUCUUGACUGAGUUAUAUGUCAGCUAUCUACUUGAGUUUGCAAGAUGGCACAGUGGGAUCUCGGCUGAUGAUUCAACCAACCCAUUGACGGAAGAACUCUCUACCACCCCUGAGCUCUGCGAAAGUGAUGGCCAGUUGGACUUGAAUGUCGUUGACAAAUUGCUUACUUGGCACGCAGAGAGUGUCGGACGGAUGAUUGAGCUCACACUGGCAGAAAGCUUUUCUAAAGGAUAUGUUAAAACGGCACUCAAAACAUCCUUGGCCCAAUUCUCGAGUUACAAACUCAAAGCUGAGCCAAGCCUGAAGCCGAUGACGGUGAUCAAGACGGCCGACAUGACGAUGCAUUUGUGGCAACAAUACGUGACGACAGUGAUUGUUCCACUGGCUGCUGCCAGUGUGAACAUCCAAAGAGAGAUGGAUCUGACAAUGUACCAAGACAUGAUUGCCAAGUUCAAUAUCCCGGGCCUGAACAAGCAAUAUGAGAUGAUUCGAGAGUUGGGGAAUAUCUUUGUAGUCCAGCCUUCAAUCCUCAAGUUGUAUCUGGGUGAAUCAGCGAUGUUAGGAAGGAUCAAUGGCAAGCUAUUGAGACCUUUCUUCCUCAUGAGAGUUGAUUAUGGUGAUCAUUUGAAGAAGCUUUGGGAUGAGAUUGUUGGCAAGUCCAAGCAGCAAGAGCUUGGUGCUGGGGGUGGUGGUCACGUUGAUAGAGGUCUUUGGCUUGAGCUCACCGGCUCUUGA